ACAUUAGGAGCAUCCAUGAUUAGGAGACAAGGGGGGUGUACCCCUGAUAGCCAGCCUCCACUUCUGAUUUUUUCACAAAUCACACCCUGAAGUGGAGCAUAACCCAACGGUCCUGUCCAUCAUCUCCAGGUGUAACAUUUGAGUGAUUGUGGACCAAACAAUUUUUAAUAUUACAGCUGUGGGAUUUUUAAAAUUGUUUAUUCUCUGGGCUUUUCUCUUUCUGAGACUUCCCUUCUGACGCAAUUCUCCUUACACGCAUUAAACAUCUUUGGGACCAGUGUACCAUACAAAACUAGUGUGACAACCACUGCUGCUCGUUUCCCCUCCCUGCGCACUCUGCCAGAGAACAGCAUGGGUCUUCAGGCAGACUCAGCACUCCAAUCUAUUCUCCUCUUUCCAAUCCACCUUCUGGUAUGGCUGUACUCCGUCCUGUCCUUUCUACCCUGGUACUACGUCACCGGUGCCGGGCAGAGACAAGCUUUGUCCAAGCGGAUAAAGGCCCGCUCCAUCUCAGGCCGUGCUGAGGGACCAUACCGAUCUGUGGACCAUUUCGACUGCCUGGCCAGGGAGGACUUCCCAGGCAAGGACACGCUGGAUAAGCUUUUCGAGUAUGCUGUACAGCGAUUUGGAGAAACACAUUGUCUCGGUACCCGUGAUAUUCUGAGUGAAGAGAAUGAGAUUCAACCCAGUGGUAAAGUUUUUAAAAAGCUGAUCCUUGGGGAGUAUAAAUGGCUGUCCUACAAUGAACUGGAUUCUAUAGUGAGUAAGUUUGGCAGUGGAUUGGCAGCUCUCGGACAACAGCCCAAAAGCACCAUUGCAAUCUUCUGUGAAACCAGAGCAGAGUGGAUGAUCACUGCCCAGGCGUGCUUCAGGCGUAAUUUCCCAUUGGUAACAUUCUAUGCCACACUGGGAGAGGAUGCUAUUGCAUAUGGACUGAAAGAGACUGGUGUUACACAUCUAGUCACCAGUGUGGAGCUACUUGAGACUAAACUGAAAAAUGUGCUUCCACAGAUCCCAAAACUGAAGCAUGUGAUCUACGUGGACCAGAAGAAAGCGAGCACAGAAGGCUACCCAGCAGGACUCUCCAUCCACAGCAUGGAGGCUGUACGAGAGCUGGGCGCGCUGCCUGAAAAUAUGGGGAGGGCAAUUGUGAAGCCCCAGCCUGCUGAUCUGGCUGUGGUGAUGUACACCAGUGGCUCCACAGGCAGACCCAAAGGAGUCAUGAUUGUCCACAGUAAUCUGAUCGCAGGAAUGACAGGACAGUGUGAGCGCAUCCCUGGUCUCGGGCCUGAUGAUACUUACAUAGCCUACCUGCCGCUGGCUCAUGUUCUGGAAAUGACAGCUGAAAUCUCCUGUGUCACAUAUGGCUGUCGGAUCGGCUACUCAUCCCCGCAGACACUGUCAGACCAGUCCACCAAGAUAAAGAAAGGAAGUAAAGGAGACAGCUCAGUACUCAGACCCACACUGAUGGCAGCUGUGCCAGAAAUUAUGGAUCGCAUCAACAAGAACGUGAUGAGCAAAGUGCAGGAAAUGAGUUUCAUUCAGAAGACUCUGUUUACUCUGGGCUACAAGUAUAAACUAGAGCAGAUCAAGCGGGGCUAUGACGCACCACUCUGCAAUGCUCUCUUAUUCCGGAAAGUCAAGAAACUUCUGGGAGGAAGAGUGAGGAUGAUGUUGUCAGGAGGAGCCCCACUGUCCUCAGCCACUCAAAGAUUUAUGAAUGUAUGUUUCUGUUGUCCAGUGGGCCAGGGCUAUGGUCUCACAGAAACCUGUGGAGCAGGCACCAUCACAGAGGUUGUGGACAUCAGCACUGGUCGCGUUGGAGCUCCUCUCAUAUGCUGUGAGGUCAUUCUCAGGGACUGGGCUGAAGGUGGAUACACCAGCAAAGACGAGCCGAACCCAAGAGGGGAGAUCCUGAUCGGUGGUCCCAAUGUAACCAUGGGUUACUACAGGAAUGAAAGCAAAGAUCAGGACUUUUUUGUGGAUGAAAAAGGGCAGAGAUGGUUCUGCACUGGUGAUGUAGGAGAGAUUUACCCAGAUGGCUGUCUACAAAUAGUGGACCGCAAGAAAGACUUGGUCAAACUGCAGGCCGGGGAGUAUGUGUCUCUUGGUAAAGUCGAAUCUGCGCUGAAAAGCUGCCCUCUCAUAGACAACAUUUGUGCAUACGCAAACAGUGACCAGAACUAUGUGAUCAGCUUUGUGGUUCCCAACCAGAAAAAGUUGACAGAAAUGGCCAAACAGAGAGGCAUUGUGGGAACAUGGGAGGAGAUCUGCACUCACCCCGACAUGGAAAGAGAAGUUCUGAAGGAGAUCAAAGUUGUUGCUGCUAACAUUAAACUCCAGCGAUUUGAGAUUCCAGUGAAGGUACAUCUGAGUCCAGAGCCGUGGACCCCAGAGACCGGACUUGUGACAGAUGCGUUCAAGUUGAAGAGGAAAGAGCUGAAGAACCACUAUCUCCACCACAUAGAGAGAAUGUACGGGGGCAAAUAACUUUGACAAUUUCACCCAAGAGUCCCAGUUAUUAUCAUAGCCACUGUUCUGAUGUGUAGAUAAUUUUUCCUGGUACCUACUUUGGUUUUUCAUGCUAUUUGUGUACCACAGACAUCCAAAUGGAAACGUUGUGAACAGAGAAGCUGAAGCUGUAGAUAGUUGUACCUGUUUAUCCAUAUGUGCUGCUUUUUAUUUGUGUGUGUUGAAGUUUUGAUUGUCAAAGAGAUGCACCUAUGUGGCAGCUCUUACUCCAUGAGAAGGGUUUGAGACCAUUAUAGCACUCAACUGCCAUCCACUCAAAUCUGCUGGCACUCUGUAGCUGAUAGAGUACCACUGUCCUCCAUAUAUUGCCAACGCUUUGUUGUUACUUCCAUUGAAAAUAUUAACUGUAAUCAUCGCAGUCGCUUUUAAAGUUGUUUUGUUAAGUUGGAGUACUGAUGUUACUGUGCCUUCAGUCUGCAGUACUUGUGUAGUCAAGCAGAAGUAAGUGGCAUCUAUAUAAAAACAAAUAGUUUGUGUUUAUUACAAAAAUGGCUAAACUGCCAUGUUAAUGUUUACUUGAGGCUUUAGGAAAAAUAUCCCAACGCAGAGAUAAACCAACAUGGAUCAUAGAGAAAGUUACUCAUGAUCAUGUCUGCUUAUCCUUUUUUUUUUUGACCAAUGUUUUAUUUAUUCAGUUGUUAUUGUGUCAGUUUAUUGAGAAAGUAAGACCAAAAUGUGUAAACAUAAAUGACUCAGGAAGAUAAGCAAAUGUUUUAAUAUAUGAAAUCGUCAAAUAGUGGGUUGCUCGCGUAGAAAGCACUUCCGUCAAAAUUGUGGGCACCUUAUUUAUUUGAGCGCAGGAUUGCUUAACUACUAACUAGUUACUAAAAAUGCUUCUAAGCUAUAGUCAGACCUGGCAUACUGUAAUACUGUACGUAUUUUACCUCAGUUAACAGGUUAAUGUACAAUUUGGUAUCAAAUGGUUAAGUCUGUGCAUUUUAAUAUUAUAGGAGUGUUUUCUAUGUAUUUUUCAAAGUGUUGUGUUGAUGUAUUUGCACCACUAAACCUUUAAGGAAGCAGACAUUGACAGUCACUUUACAGUUGGUUGUUCGGUGAUCCUAUUUGUAUUUAUUACUCCAUCAUUAUGAUCACAUGCCUUGGUCAACAUUUCAAAAAUAAAAAACAUUUUUUCGUAA